GAUACCGAGUGAAGUCGGCCUACCAACGUCACCUCUGUCUCCGCAUCUUUGGAGACGAGACGAAGAUAUUGGAAGCCGAGAGUGUUCUAAUUGGGGAUCUCGUCAGAGAUUUGACACUGAAAUACCCAAUUCUGGAGCCUCCAGAGCCAAGGAGAUCUUGCCAGGUCGAUCCGCCUUCUUAGGUUGCCUUUUGGUGCGAUUCCACUCCGAGACGGGUUUCUUUGCGCGGAAGAGGGCGAUGAGCAAGGGGCGGUCUCCCGAGCCGUUGGAUUUCUUUAUUUGGACUGUCGAGGAUGUUGGUUUGUGGCUGGAAGAGAUAAAUCUUGGGAGUUACCGCCAAGUUUUCGAGGAAAACGGUGUCAAUGGGGAGUAUUUAGAAAGUCUAUCAAUGUUUACAACAGAGCAAAUUCUGCGCUUUAUAAGGCGGUGCCACAUGAAGUGGGGUGACUUUAUUACACUUUGCAAGGAGCUAAGACGCAUAAAAGUUGCAUGCCUGAAAGGGGAACAGGAGGUCCGUAAGCCAUGGUGGGCUCCGUCGUGCCUAUCAGUGGUGUUUGUUCGAGUGGCAAAGCGCAACAGACAGUCCCGGGUUGUCUCCUUGAAGCUGGAACCGUAAGUUCUCGGACGAAGCGUUUCUUCCCUAUCUAAUCAUGUUGUCGUAAGGGAUGAAGAGUUUUAGGUCUAGGGUUUGUCCGUACUUGUCGUUAUUAUAUGAGUAUUUACGUGCUUAACUGUUUGCUGGUGUUUUUUGUUGGUCAGUCUAUAGAUUCCUGUGUGAUAAAACUCAGCGUGGGAGUAAAUAUAGUUAUACAAAAGAUCCACUUCUGUUGCUUUCA